AUGGCAGUAAAGAAACAAAUCAUCCUCAACGCCUUCGUCAUGAACACACCCGCCCACAUGGCCCCCGGCCAAUGGCGCCACCCACGCAACAAGACCGCAAACUACACGAAGCUCUCCUUCUGGACAGACCUCGCGCGCCUCCUCGACACCGCCGGCUUCCACGCCAUGUUCAUAGCCGACACCCUAGGCCCCUACGACGUCUACAAGGGCCCCGGCAACGUCGUGCCCUCCCUAUCCUCAGGCGCCCAAUACCCCGUCAACGACCCGCUGUACCUCGUCCCAUCAAUGGCGUCCGCAACAAAGAACCUCAUCUUCGGGGUAACCGCAAGCCUAACCUACGAAGCGCCGUACUCGCUCGCGCGCCGGCUCAGCACCCUCGACCAUCUGAGCAACGGGCGCGUGGCAUGGAACAUCGUGACCUCGUACCUCGACUCCGCAGCGCGGAACCACGGGCUGACCGAGCAGAUCCCACACGAUGAGCGGUACGCCCGCGCGCACGAGUACAUGGAGGUGCUGUAUAAGCUGUGGGAGGGGAGUUUCCGGGACGACGCGGUGGUGCAGGACGUCGAGAGCGGGGUGUACAUUUCGCCCGACGGGGUGCGGGCGAUCCAGCAUGCGGGUAGGUACUUCCGCGUUCCAGGCCCGCACUUCUGCGAGCCGAGUCCGCAGCGCACGCCGUUCCUGUUCCAGGCUGGGGUGAGCGAGGCGGGGAAUGGGUUUGGCGGGAAGCAUGGGGAGGCGAUUUUCGUUGCGGGGCAGACGCCUGAGGGGGUUAGGGGUACUGUCGAGAAUAUACGGCGGGUUGCGGCGGCUGAGGGGCGGGAUCCAGCGCAUAUCAAGGUGAUUGUGGGGAUUACGCUGAUUGUUGCUGCCACGGAUGAGGAGGCGUAUGCGAAGCGCGAGGAGUAUCUCCGGUACGCGGAUGCCGAGGGUGUGCUUGCGCUGUUUGGCGGGUGGACGGGGAUUGAUCUGAGCAAGUACGAUGACGACGCGGACUUCCGGUUUGCGGACGAGACGAAGGUGGCGAGUAUUGUGAAGCGGUGGGCGUCGAGUGUGCCAGGCACGGCGAACCUGCCGUGGACGAAGCGGCGGAUCGUGGAGUUCCUGAGUGUGGGCGGGAUCCAGACGAAGAUUAUCGGGAGUGGGAAGACGGUUGCGGAUGAGCUGCAGCGGUGGGUGGAGGUUUCUGGUGUGGAUGGGUUUAACAUUGCGCAUAUUACCAACCCGGGAAGCUUUGAGGAUGUGAUUGAGUUUUUGCUGCCGGAGUUGAGGGCGCGAGGGCUGUUCAGGGACAAGGUUGAGAAGGAGGGCGUGACGGCAAGAGAGGCGUAUCUGGGGGUUGGGCAGGUCAGGCUGCCCGAGGAUCAUCCAGGGAGUUAUUACAAGUGGAGGGCUGGGGAGGCGGUUCCCAAGUAUCAGGAGGAGGCUGGGUCUGCAUAG